AUUUUUUUUGUUUCUCUCCCUCACAUAUAUACCUACAGUGACAAUCCCAAAAAUUUGUCAUAAAGAUUCAAUAUCUAAUUUCACUAUUAUUAUUAUGUCACGUUUAAUUCGUAAUUCUUGUUCUAGAUUAACGCUUUCCAGAUUGUUGUUCAAUAAUAAUAAUAGUAAUAAGUUUGGUGGUUGUUCAACAAAUAGAGGAAGGUAUAUAUCAACAGAAUCACAUAAUAAUAAAAUUGAUGAGCCACUCAAAGUAGAAAAUGCCGAAACGGUUACUAAUGUUCCACCACCUCCUCCAGCUGACAAGUUACUAGUGCUCGGUGGAAGUGGAUUUGUUGGCUCACAUAUAUGCAAAGAAGCGUUAAGUCGCGGCUUGUCCGUUGCUAGCCUUAGCAGAUCUGGCAGGUCAUCCAUUCAGGAAGCAUGGGCUAACAAAGUGGACUGGCAUCAAGGGGACUUGUUAUCUGGUGGCUCAUGGAAGGAAGCAUUAAAUGGAGUGACCUCUAUUGUAUCCUGUGUUGGUGGUUUUGGUUCCAACUCCUACAUGUACAAAAUCAAUGGAACUGCAAAUAUGACAGCCAUUAGAGCUGCGGCCGAACAAGGGGUUAAAAGAUUUGUAUACAUAUCUGCUGCUGACUCUGGUGUGAUCAAUUACUUUUUACAAGGAUACUUCGAUGGAAAGAGAGCCGCAGAAACAGAGUUGAUGAUGAGAUAUCCAUAUGGACAUGCCAUUUUGAGGCCUGGCUUCAUUUAUGGAAAGCGUCGUGUUGGCAACAUGGAGUUACCUCUGGAUGUCAUUGGUUGUCCACUAGAAAUGGUUCUCCAACAAGCAAAGCCUCUGAGAGAAGUUCCGCUUGUUGGUCCAUUGUUGACACCUCCUGUCAAUGUUACAGCUGUAGCAAAGGUAGCUAUUAGAGCAGCUACAGAUCCCGUGUUUCCUCCUGGCAUCGUUGAUGUCCAUGGGAUAUUACGUUAUAGCCAGCAGAAAUAAUAUUACGUAAGAAAACGUAGAGUGGGGGAGCUACUUGAGCAUUAGGGAGUCUUUACUGUAAAUUUCCUUUUCUUUUAUAAUCUUUCCACAAUAAAAACAAUGCAUCUUUGGUUUUUUGCAAAGAUAAAGUUUUUUACUGUA